UCAAAAUAAACAAUAACAGUGAGUGCGAGUGCAGUGGAAAAAUGCAAGAGGGCUGAAUGUCCGGUUCUAUUUUGAUUUACCUCAAAGUUUUUUUUUUUUAAUUUCUCAUCCCGUUUUCAGUCAUACUCCGAAUAAGGCAGUAGGAUUGAAAUCGAAUCAAAUAUAUCAUGUUCGUUUUCUGAGCUCAGAUAACCUCAAUGGAUACUCCAGAUGGAUUACUCGUUAGCUUUCGAGAGGAAUGGCAGAAAGAGCUGGAGCUCAAUUCAAAUCCACCCUCAAAAGGAUCUAAAAAAUUAGAAGAGAAGUUAGAUAACUUCAGCAACUUGGAAGAUGAAGCAAAAACACUAUUUUUGAAAGGUGCUGAAAAUGAGCGAGCAGGCAAACAUUAUGAAGCCAUUCAAUUCUACAAAAGAGCUGUUCAACUUGUUCCAGACAUAGAAUUCAGAAUUUAUAACAGUAACAAAACUGUCCAGUUCAGAUCAACUGAAACAGAUGAUGAAGAUGAACCAGAAAACCAAUCAAAUUUGGGUGAAGACUCCUUGCCUGUAGAGGAUGUUAUUCUUCUGGUUCAGAGGGAAAUGGCCAAAGACCAAAACUAUUCAUGUUUACCUGAGAAUGUACAAACUGAUACUCACAUCUCAGCACUGCCCUUUGAAAUUCUCUUGUACAUAUUUCGAUGGGUUGUCUCUCGGGAUCUUGAUCUCCGGUCCCUGGAAUCAUGUGCGCUAGUGUGCCGUAGUUUCUACCUCUGUGCUCGUGAUGAAGAGCUGUGGAAGUCUGCUUGCCAACAAAUGUGGGGCUUGAAAGUGCAACCUUUGCAAAGUCCGAAACACAAUCGCUGGCGGCGCACUUUUGUGGAAAGUCCUUUCAUUAAAACAUCUGGUUGUUACAUUAGCAAAACAUCCUAUAUUCGUCACGGUGAAAACUCAUUUCAAGACCAGUCAUAUCGACCAUGGCAUCUGGUGACAUAUUAUAGAUAUUUAAGGUUUUUUGGCGGUGGUCAGGUCUUAAUGUUGUGCACUCCAAUAGAGCCUGCUCAAACAGUGGGACAACUUCGCCGCCGAUCCUGCUCAAAUAAUUCAGUGCUAUCAGGUCAUUAUCUUAUCUCAGAUGAUGUUGUUACGGUUGUAUUUCAUCAAACCACAACCACGCCUAUUUCUAUUUUUGGCAGUAAAAAUAGAAAAAGCAAAAAUGUUCCAAAAGAAACAACGGACUCAGCUUUCCACAUGGAGUUCCAAAUCCUCAACUACAAAUCUCGUCUGAAUGUUCAACUUGUCUGGCGGCGGUACGCUCUCUAUCAGAAGAAAGGCAACAAUCCUGAAAUACAAUCAACAUUUGACUUGGCCCAUUCUAGAUUCCCUCCGCUCUGGUACUCCAGGGUCAAAAGCUACACAACUGAGUCUGAAGUUCCUCUGUUAUGAUCGAGUCCAGAUUAAUACUUCAUAUGUGAUAAAAUAUUAUAAAAUGACUGUCAUGAAUGUUGUGAGAAGCACGAUUGAACCUUCAUCUUCAUCAAACAGGUUAUACAAUCAUUUACCUCAAUAUUAGUGCUUAAAAGACUUGACACAGUUAUGAUUUUUUCCCAUGAUUUAUGUUGACACACCUGAAAAAUUCAGAGGCGGAUCUAGCAGUUUGGCAACAUUGACUUUCCUCCAUUUAAACACGUGUUGAAUAAUCAAUCCUUGCCGGAGCACCUGGCCCCUCCAAGGAUCAAUAUAUUUCCAUUGGUUUAAAUGGAGAAAAAACAAUGUUGCCAAAUUGCUGGAACUGCCAAUGGAAAAAUCACUCUUUUGGCCCAAUUUAGAGCGAUAAUUCGGUUGUCAAGGCUCACAGGUUUACCCGCAAUAGCUGUGUCAGCUAUUGUGAGCAACUUCAGACCAUUAGUAAAAUGAAAAAUUAUUAAUUGCAAAAAUUUUAAUAGGUAUAAUAUAUCUCUGUGUUUUUGAAAACAGAUGCUGUGUUCAUGGCACAACAACUGAAGAGGGAGAACACAUCAGUGUAUUUCCUUCGGUAAAUACACUAAUAAAGACUGAAGCUUCAAAUGCGCUGUUUGAAGCCUCGUGUAAAGUAAUACUCAAUGAAUCAGUCUUCUAUGUCAUGGUAUUACCUGAUAAUGACUGAAUUUCAUAAAUUAUCAAAGAGUAUCACGAUCUUUCCUGAAGCCAAAUUUUCAUAACUGAUUAUUGAUUAUUUCAUAGCCAUAUGGUCAAAAUUAGAUGUAGUUCUAUGAAGAACAUAAUGGACAACAUCACUCAGUGUUUUUCCGCCUGCGUUGGUUUCAUGGAUCAGUAAAGAAUUUAAUUUGCAUGCAUCAGUUGUCAAAGGAAGUGAAACGAGAAAAGUUUGCACCACUUGAAUUGAUUCUUGCCCCCAAAAUGUGCUAGAACCAGCUCCAUUUUCCCGCAGCUAGCCUGAGAGGUAAGAAAUAUAUUAACCUUGUCUAAGAAGAUUGAAAUGCUAAUUAGUUGUUUAAUUUGUAUGUAUUUCUUGUGUCCUUUUUUGAAUGAAUGCAUUCUAACUUGUUAAUAUAAAUCUGUGGUACUAAUCAGGGAUUUUUGUUUUUAACUCUAAUUUUUGUGUUAUAGCAAAAUCAUUAUAAACUACAUCUGUUUUAAGUAAGGUUAUCAUAAGAACUUGAUUUAGACAGAGCACAGUUAUUCGCCUUAUUUUUUUUAACUUGAAAGUUGACAGCAGGUCUCCUUUGGACUGGCCUGAUCUGAUAGUCCUUUUGUAUCCAGUAGAAAACUACGAUCUUUGUUUUAAUGAAUCUGAUUAAAAUUAAGUUGCACCGAAGGAAGUAUAGCUCAAUAAUGCACAAUUUGGCAAUCUUAUCUGCUGUCCAAUUUCUAGUUCUUUCCAUGUGCACAAAUAUGUGGCAGCUUCAAGCCUCUACCAGUUUUUAGAGAACAAGAAGAAAAAAAUUGUAGCCAAGUAACAGUGAGUCAGGAGAAAAGGGAAAAUCAGAAAAACUUGUAUUUCAAUUUCUAAUUAUCAAAUUUUGUAUCUCACUGCAUUUUUCCGAAAAAAAGCAAUCAAUAUUUUUGUAUGAAUUAUUCAAUACCAUGCAUCAUAAAAAAAUCAUGAAAUCAUUUUUUUAAAUCAUAAUUAUUCAUUUACCUGCAAUAAAAUGGACCGAGGUUAACAAGGACGCACCAAAUUACACUUUGUUAGAAAAUAAGUCACGAAUAGUUUUGAAUUUAAUCAUUUGUAAAUUUUCUCCCAUUCAAAGUUUUGAGAAAAAAGGAAAGCAUAUUUUAAAUAUGAAGAAAGUUGUUAAACUUUGUUCUAAACAUUAAGUCUAAUGGAGGAAUAAAACUUCAAACUUCUGUCUCUUGGAUCAAACUUGAUGGGACUAAGUGCGUUUCUGUGUAACUCGGUCUUGAUGAAUUUUGGCACAAAGUUGAUAGUGUUACAAACUCAAAUUCCUAUCUCUAUCCUUAGUUUCGUUUUUGAAGUUGCCUGUGCGCAAGAAUUCAUACACACAGCUGAAAGCUAGUAUAUCAAUUUCUGUCAGAUCUUCGCAGAUUUCAGAAAAAGCAACGGGCAUUUGUCUGUUUAAAAAAGGGGAGAGAAAGAUUUAAUUUUGUGUUUUGAUAAUUUUUUUUCUUAAUUUUUUAUUUGGGUAUUGAUGUUAAGUUCAAAACAAAAAUGUGUUAGUUUGAAUUUUGAAAAUCUGGUGCAAGAGUUGCUCCUUGAAGCCCUUGAAUGUUUGCAUGUUGAGUUCUAUGUACCAAUGAGGACCAGUCUUAUAACAGUUUUAUAUAAGUUCAAAACCAAAUAUCUCUAUUGUGGUGUCUCAAAAUGUCCGCUCCUAUUUUAAUUUUGAAGAGAAAGAAGUCAAGUUUUUAGCUUGAAAUUUACUCAGAAUGUUUUAUGUAAGUACUAACAUUAUCUAAAAAGCCAGGAAAUUUAAAAAAUAACUAAUGUUUACUAAUUUUUCAAAGAUGUUGAGGUAUCUUUGAAAAACUAGUUAACAUUAGUUUGGACUAUGAUAGGAAGUUUGCAAUGUUGCAAAUAGGAUAGGUACAUGAUUUUGAAGUUUGGUCAUUGAUGUGCUGUCUGCAAGUCCAUUCAAAGGAUACCCACACGAUUUAGGUACAAAUACUGCAUGGAAUUAUGUUUCUGUUGAAAAUUUCAGGGUGACGCUCGGAAAUACUGUUCAUUAUUUGCUCUUUCUGCACAGAGCAAAACAGGUGUGCAAAUGAAAUCAUACUGUUCACCCGGUUCAAUUUGAUUUGACCUUCAACCCUAGUUAUUUUUUUGUCCAUGAUUUAUGCUAAGUAUACUUUUACAAAUUUAAUCUGUUGUGUUUCAAUAAAAAUUUAGUUUUUCAUUACCAAA